AUGGAGACACGCACUUUUGAAAAUUCUCCCCGGGCGGGUACCAGUUCUACUGGAGAAUCCCGCACUCCCGGUUCGCCGGGAGUCUGCCGCACGUAUACGGGGGCGGCACAAAAUGCGUUGGAGGGUAAGGGGGCCGUUACAACGGCGAAAGAAGGAGAGGGCGCGACUAUGCGCGAUUGUCCGAAGCCGGCGCACCUAACCGCGCCGGCGGCGGACGUUUUGACCGACGAAGACGUCGAUUUCUCCGUGUACCAACCCAAUGCGUCGGAACGGAUUGUGAGAUUGGCGCAGAGGAAGAAGGAGCGGGGCUGUCCGAUCCGGGACUUACCCAAUUUGCCGCCUGUACUGCGGUGGCGGGACGUCUACGAGACGAAGCCCAGCACACCUCCUCCAACAGGACGAGACGAAGAGGUCGGUAUGGGGUUGAUGCGCUCACCUCGCGUUGUUUUGCGCGACGUGAUGCGCGAAUUCUCCUUGCCGCCUCCACAAGGACGUGACUAUUCUACCGGACGUGACAGUGAGGACUGGCCUGCGGACUCCGACGAUACUGCCUCAGACAUAUCGAUGGACUCCGAGGGCCUGCCCACAAUCCCACCGGAAAGGACUCGCCUGAAAAGGCGUAAUUCGGACUCGGAAGAUAUGGGGCCGCCCAUCAGUAAGGAGGCGGUGCCCAAAGCGAAGAAAGGACGUGGCCGGCCACCAACCACCGGCCAAUAUGUCGGCCUUGCGAAGGCUCAAGCCGAUUUGAACAAGGAGAAGGAGGAGGAACGCCGGGCCGCCUUCAGGGCGAAAGUCGAGGAGGUGGCCCGGGCGGCGCGGGAGGCACGAGAAGCGAGAGAGGCGCGAGCCUCCCUUCGCGCAAGCCCUGCCCCGGCCGAGGACACGGAGCAGACAAGCGCCGGCCUGGCAGCCGACGUAGAGAGGGCCUUGGAGAUGGUGACCAUGGUCGCCACAAGGUCCUCCAACCUGAAGGGAACUUACCAGCGGGCUCUUAAGGAGGCGGUCGCAUCUAUCAAGGUGGCCGUCACCGAGAUGAGGGGCCGCGGUAAAAACGAAGAGAUACGGGCACUGGAGGCGCAAAACGACCGCCUUCUACGCCAAGUUAACGCGAUGCGCCGGGAGUUAGAAGAGCUCCGCCGUCGCGUUACUGGUCCCGCAGCCGACGACCUGCAAAAGAUGUUGUCGGAGGUCUCACGUUCCAACAUUGAGACCUUCGGCAACAUGCUAAAUGCAAGGAUUGCCGGCCUGGAGGACAGGCUUCUUCCGGAGCCUAGAAGGAGACCGCCGCUGGCAGCGGAUGGCGUGGGCACUUCAGCCAGCGCCCCAAUAACAGUGGCUAAAAAGAAGACGCCGAAACCGAAGAAGGUGGUGACGGCUAAAGAACCGGACAGGAAUUCGGCGGAAGGCGCGGUGGCUCCUUUACAGCCGCCCGCCGCUCCAAAAGAGAAGGAAACUGAAAGGCCAAAGAAGAAGAAGAGGAAGAAGCGGCCAACAAUGGCCGCUCAGGAAGCGACAAAGGGGGGGCAGAACAUCAACGCCCCUCCCGCCGAGGCCCCGUGGACCACCAUUGGCCCGCAAAGGCAGAAGAAGAAAGGGGCGGCUACUCCAGCUAAAGCCGCCCCAAGAAAGAAGAAGAAGAAGGCCAAACUCCGUGUUCCAGCCACCGCAGCGAUCACUCUCACGUUGGGGGCGAACGCCGCGGAGAAGGGCGUCACAUACAGUGACGUCCUAUUAAAGGCUAAGAAUGCGGUGAAGGCCAGCGGACUGGCAGAGCUGGACAUCCAAAAGCUCCAGCUCCGCUUCCGUCUAGCUCAGACCGGCGCGCGGGUCCUCACCAUUCCUGGUGAGGGCGCCCAAGAAAAGGCGGACUCCCUCGCUGAGAAGCUGAGGGAAGUUCUCGACCCUGACGUUGUGAAAGUCGGACGCCCGGCGAAAUGCGUUGAAAUGCGCAUCGCCGGGCUGGACGACUCGGCUACGACCGCCGAGGUCCUCGAGGCGGUGUCUAGAGAAGGUGGGUGCCCGGCCAACUCCAUCAGGUCAGGCCCAAUAAGGAAGGGAAGGUGGGGUGACGGCUCGUUAUGGCUGAGCGUCCCCGUCGCGGCCGCCAAAAAGCUACUAAGCUUGGGGCGGUUGCGAGUGGGCUGGGUUUCGGCGAAGGUGACACUGCUGGCCGCGAGGCCAAAGCGGUGUUACCGAUGCCUCGACACCGGCCACCUUGCUACGACGUGCCAGUGCCCGGUAGACCGCAGUCGGAAUUGUUUCCGCUGUGGGAAGCCGGAGCACAAGGCAGCCGAGUGCCGGGAGAAGCAGCCCAAUUGCUUCUUCUGCGAGGCACUCGGCAAGGACAAGGACCACGUGCUGGGUAGUAGCGGCUGCGUCACCGCGAAGCCGCUCCCCAGCACCAAGCGCCGGAAAAGACGUCGAGCUCCCUCCGACAAGGCUCGGCCGAAAGAGCCUGGAGCCGGCGGUGCUGGGGUUAGUCAGCCCCAGCCCGCCAUGGAGGUGGAGCCAUAG